AUGCUUUUACAGACGGCGUUCAAUACUCUCAUCCCUCAUGAACUCCGGUCAUACCUCUUCCACUUGAUCCGUAAAUGGUUCUUCAAACCCCAUCCCAACGGGCUCCUCACUUUAGUCUUCGACGACAACUCCUCCGGCGGCUACGCCCGCAAUGAGAUAUACGACGCCGCAGAGGCCUACCUCGCCACCAAAAUCAGCAACAAAGCCGACUGUCUCCGGGUCACUAAAACCCCCGGCAACAAGAACCUUAUCCUCUCAUUCGAAGACAAUGAGAAAAUCUACGACGAGUUCAAAGGCGUCGACCUUAGCUGGCGAUUCCACCGCAACACGGGAUCCGACCCCAACAAGCCCACCCCGGAGAAGCGUUGUUUCCACCUGACCCUCCCCAAACAGGACAAGGACCUCAUUCUUGGCUCUUACAUUCCCUUCAUCAUCGAAACAGUGAAGAGGAUGCGGAACAACGAGAGAGUCUUGAAGAUUCACACCAUUGAUCGAUACAGUGGUGGGAAGUGGACUAAUGUCAACUUAAAGCACCCCGCAACUUUCGACACUUUGGCGAUGGAGCCCUCGCUCAAGGAGGCGGUGAUUGCCGACAUGGAAAGGUUCCGUUGCAGGAAGGAUUUUUAUAAAAGGGUGGGGCGGGCUUGGAAAAGGGGCUAUUUACUCUAUGGCCCGCCUGGAACUGGGAAAUCCAGCUUGAUUGCUUCGAUGGCUAAUUAUAUGAAGUUUGAUAUUUACGAUCUGCAACUCUCCUCCAUAAGCGACGAUAGCGAACUCCGCCGUGUGUUGCUCGCCACUGCCAACAGGUCUAUUCUAGUGAUUGAGGAUAUUGAUUGUGGCGGUGAUUUGCCCGAUCGAAAAACGGCUCAGGUUUGUAACAAUCCAAAAUUUUGCUUCAGAUUUCACUCUGUUUCCCCCCAAGAAACUACUUUUGAUGCCGUUUUUCUUGUACAGACAUCCAAUGCAAACCACAACGCAUAUACCCGUAAGCCAAAGAUAACACUAUCUGGUUUAUUGAAUUUCAUCGAUGGGUUAUGGUCGAGCUGCGGGGAUGAGAGGAUUAUAGUGUUUACGACCAACCACAAGGAUAGGCUCGAUUCAGCCCUAUUGCGGCCGGGUCGGAUGGAUAUGCAUAUCCAUAUGUCCUACUGCACUAGCCAAGGUUUAAAGGUGCUGGUCCAGAAUUACUUGGGGAGGGAUGGUGGGACCCACAAGUUGUAUGGAGAAAUUGAGAGGUUGAUCGAGGAUGCACAGGUCACCCCUGCCCAAGUGGCCGAGAAGCUGAUGACGAGUGAUGAUGCUGAUGUGGCACUAGAUGAGCUGCUCAAUUUUCUCAUGGUCAAGGGAGGGGAAGCAACAGAAACCACUAAGACCGAUAGUGAAAUAGAUGAAGAAUGUGAUUAG